AAACAAUUCAAACCAUCAACGAUUCACAAAGUGUACAACCAAGGUAAAAUAAUGGCAACUGCUGCUUUCCCUGAACUAGACUCCGCAAAGGAAUCCAUCCUUGUUGAAAACCUUCUUCAAUGGUCAUUGGCCAAUGGAUUAGUUAUAUAUCCUCCAGAUUUCAAAUCAUAUCAACCAGUUAGUGCACCAGUGACUUUAUUUCCAACACCAUUCCCUAGAGUAGCAUUUAAAGAUGCAGAUGAUGUGCAAUUGUUAUUCAAUGAAUUAUAUGCUAAAGUCUCCAGUGAUUUGGAGUUCCUUUCUGAGAUUAUUGAUGAUUUAGCAAAAUUUGAUUCAGGAUUCACAGGUAAAUUAUGGGAAAUUUUUUUAAAAGCUAAAAAAAUUGGAAUUUCUCAACCUUUAUCACUUGGUAUUUUCAGAUCUGAUUAUAUGGUUAAUGAAAUUGAAGGGUUAAAACCACAAAUUAAACAAAUUGAGUUCAAUACUGUGAGUGUUUCAUUUGGUGGACUGUCUACAAAAGUUGGUGAAUUACAUAGAUAUCUAAAUAAUCAUGGAGAUUAUGAUAUUGGGGAAGGUACUGAUAAAUAUUAUGAUGAAAAAGAUUUACCAAUAUCAAAAUCAAUAACUAAACUAAGUGAAGGUUUAGCUGAUGGGAACUAUUAUUAUAAUGAUUGUGUUUCAAAUACCAAGACAGUUGUUUUAGUUGUGGUACAACAUAAGGAAAGAAAUGUUUUUGAUCAAAGAUUAUUAGAAUAUGCAUUAUUAACAAAACAUGGUGUGAAAUCAAUAAGGUUAACAUUAUCAGAAAUUGAUUCGAAAACUUAUAUUGAUCCACAAACCAAGAAAUUAUAUAUCAAAUCAACAAAUGAUGAAGUUUCAGUGGUUUAUUUUAGAUCUGGUUAUGCUCCAAAUGAUUUCCAAAAUGAACAAGAUUGGGAAAAUAGGUUAACUUUGGAGACUUCCAAAGCUAUUAAAGCUCCAACUUUGUUAACUCAAUUAGUUGGUGCUAAAAAAAUUCAACAAAUCUUAACAGAUGAAGUUAUAUUGAAAAAAUUCUUGAAAGAAAAAGGUGAAUCAAAUUUUCAACAAUUAUUAGAUACAUUUGUUUCAAUUUAUCCAUUAGAUGAUAGUGAAAGGGGGAAACAAGCUAAGAAAUUGGCUUUUGAAAAACCUGGUAAUUUUGUCUUGAAACCUCAAAGAGAAGGUGGUGGUAAUAAUAUUUAUAAAGAUGAUAUACCUGUUUUCUUACAAUCAAUACCUGAAAAAGAUUGGGCAGGAUAUAUAUUGAUGGAACUAAUACAUCCACACAACUACAAAAAUAAAAUCAUUAGAGAUGGUAAAAUUUAUGAUGAGCCAAUCAUUAGUGAACUAGGACGUUUUGGUACCAUUGUAUUCAAUCAAGAAACUGGUGAAGUUUUAUCUAAUAA